CUCGGUUUCUCUAGCGGUUAGUGGGCGAAGGUGGGGAGGCCGGCAGAACAAUCCAGUAGGACCAGGUGGUUCUCAGGGCCGUUGGCGUGACCGUGGUCGGCCUUUCCUGAGGUCUGAGGUACCAUGGAGAAUGGAAAGGGAGGGUCCAGAAAAGGCCGGAGGCUGGCAUCCAGUCGCCGGAGGCAGAUCCGAGAGCCAGCGGAUGGUCAGGAUACCCCCGCGGUCCCAGAGCCCGAGACCUGGCCGUCUCAUGCUGACGAAGAGCUGCAGUCCUUCUUCCGGGACUGUGGUGCCAAAGAGAGGGGCUUUGUCACCCGAGAGGACCUGGCGGAGGCCAAGUUCAGCUUCGUGGGGAGCGAGGAGCCGCAGAUGAUAUUUGACUGGGUAGACACCGAGAACAGGGGCCGGCUGUCGCUGGAAGAAUUCAGCUCUGGACUCAAAAAUGUCUUUGGCUCCAGCCCCAGUACCCACAGGCUCCGCAGAAAGCAGCCCACGCUCUCUCAACCAGUAUCUGCGACCUUCAGCUUGCCUGCCCUCGAGGAGGCCCAUGCCGAAGAGAAGGAGGCCUUCCGGGUGCUUGUAGGGCAGAUGGGGACCGGCCACUCCCUUUCUGAGCAGGCUGAGAUCUGGAAGCUGUGGGGGGAGCUGCAUCAGCAGGAGCCCCAGCUGGCAGGCAACUUGGAGGGCUUCCUGGCCAAGAUGAGCAGUCGUCUGCAGGAGGCUCGGACUGACCGGGAGGCCCUGGAGUGGACGCUGAGGAAGCGAGACUCUGACCAUCUCCACAACGUGAGGCAGCUCUAUGAGGAGACGGAGGAGCAGAUCCGCAGGGAGAAGCGGCAGCUGCAGGCGCAGAGUGACUCCCGGGGCAUGGCCCUCAGAACCCACAUGCAGGAGGCUCUGGAAGCCAAGGAACAAGAGGUUCAACGGUUGGCAGAGGGCCAGAAAGAGCUGGAGGCGCAGCUCCUCCACCUCAGCAGCACCCAGCAGGAGGCCAGCUGGGAGAAUCUGCAGCUAAGGGAGGCUGAACGCAACCUGGCUGGACAGCUGGAAGAGGUGCGGGGGCGGCUGCAGGUGACAAGGGGACAUCUGGAUACUGCCAGGGGCCGAGUGUCCUGGCAGGUAGAGGAAGAGCCAAGUGUCCCCAGAGAAAAUAAGAAGGCCCCGGACCCUCCAGCUGUCCCCACUGAGGAGGCCCCACUGCCUGAACUGUUUGGGGACAAUGAUGACUGGGACCAGCUCCUGAACACCUUUGAAGACCAUUCCCGCAGGACCCUGCAGCUUUGCUGGAGCCCACCCCCAACCCCGAGUGGCACCUCAGGCCCCCAGACUCCCCGAAUUGUUAGGCAGAUCUCCAUUUCCAAGCUGCCUGCUUUACAGCAGGAGCCAACCUCAGAUCCAGACCCGGGUCCAAGAAGCCCUGCCGGGGUGCCUCCCUGUACCAAAGAUAGGAGAGAGGUGGAGGACCCCGAGGGUCAGGAUGGACAGGAUGGCAGUUCUAAGCAGCCUGUGGACACCCCUGGCCUGGAAGCUAGACCUGAAUCCCCCUUCCUUUGGAGUCUGCCAGGAGCCCGGGCUGGGGAGUCUGAGAGCGUGGGAGCAGAGGCUUUCAGAGAGCAGCUUGCUUCUAAGGCUGAGCCUCCUCCUCAAGGGCUCCCUCCUCCUCAGUCCCCAGCUGGGUCCAGAAAACAGUCCCAGGCCCCAGACCUCGGUGACGAGAGCCUUUGGCCUGGACCUGAUCCAGCCAAGCUGCCCAUGGAAAGAGAGGUCCUGACAGAGGGCCUGAAGCUGGGAUUAGGGUCCCAGGGAGCCAUGAUCCUCCCUGAGGGGGCCGCAGAGCCCUCUUCCCCGAACCUGGAGCCUGUGGGCCAGGUACCCACAGAGACGCCAGUGCAGGGUGAGGCAUGCCUGGCUAGGCAGGAGAUUCAUCCUAGGGGUUUGCAAGAAGCCCAUGGCCAGGUCCUUAAGCUGGAUAGCCUGGCUACCCACCUCCGCCAGAGUCUGGAAGAGCUGCUGCCCAGGCCAGAGGAAGGAAACUCAGGAGGGAGAGGCCGGGAGGACCUGGGGUCAGAACAGGCCGAUGAGGCUCACAGCCUCGAAGCCAGGAACCCAGAAUCACCCCAGCGAGAUGAUCUGCAGGAGUCUGACACAUCACAGGCCCUUGCAGAGACAGAAGUCCCCGCUCCUGGCAAAGAGUCUCCUCCAAGAGGCUCUCCCAUCAUGGGGCCCCGGGCUGGGCUUGCAGUGGGAGCCCCAGAGACCACACAAGCCCCCCUCGCCUUGACUGAACUGGAAGCCCAGCCCAGGUCCAUGUCCAUGCCUGUUCAGGUGGAGAGCAAGCCAGGCACCCCUCAGCCCGCGGAGCCAGGGGCAGAGAGCAGGCCGGAGGACCCAGGAACAAACUCAGGGGAAGCAGAACUCACUGCUGGCAAGCCUCAGGCUGACCCCGACUACCUCUACCACGUCAUCUUCCUGGGGGACUCCAAUGUGGGCAAGACCUCAUUCCUACACCUGUUACAUCACGAUGCCUUUGCCACUGGGCUGACUGCCACUGUAGGAGUGGAUUUUCGCACCAAAACCCUGGUGGUAGACAACAAAAUCUUUGCGCUGCAGCUGUGGGACACAGCUGGACAAGAGAGGUACCACAGCCUCACACGACAGCUGCUUCGCAAGGCGGAGGGGGUGGUGCUCAUGUAUGACGUCACCUCCCGAGAGAGCUUCACCCACGUGCGGUACUGGCUCCAGUGUCUGCAGGAUGCAGGUGCAGAUGGGGUGGCCAUGGUCCUGCUGGGAAACAAGAUGGACUGUGAGGAGGAGAGGCAGGUGCCCACUGAAGCUGGGAGAGGACUGGCCCAGGAGCUGGGGGUCUCCUUUGGUGAGUGCAGCGCGGCCCUGGGUCACAACAUCCUGGAGCCCCUGAUGAACCUGGCUCGGUCACUUAAGAUGCAGGAAGACCGCCUGAAGGCCUCGAUGGUGGAAGUGGCCCACCAGCAGCCACCCAAGAGAGCUGGCUGCUGCCGCUGAUCGCUGGUCUGGUCCCGUCACGGACCGCCCCUUCCCAUGGCUUCUAUUCUGAUUCCUGGACACGGCUGUGACAGAGAAGCCCUGCAGGAGACAGGGUCACCUCUGCUCCCCUGAGCAAACAUGGCCGGGGUGGAUGGCAGGACAGUCUGGACACCUCACCCAGGGAAAAUAUCCCUAAAUCUUUUGUUCACCCCAGGUGGCAAGAUGUCGGGAUAUUCUAGUUUAAUUUCUGCUGUGAUAAAUACUACCAAAAGCAGCUCAGAGGAGAAAAGGGGGUCUUUCAGCUUACACUUCCAGGAACUGGAGUGGGAACCAUGGAGGAAUGCUGUUUGCUGGCUCACACACCUCCUAAUGCUUAGCUGGCUUUUAUUAGCCCAGGCCCACCUGCCUAGGGAUGGCGCCACCCACAGUGGACAGAGCUCUCCCGAAUCAAUCUUCAAGCAGAACAGUGCCCCCACAGACAUGCCCACCACGGGCCAGUCUGGUAAAGGCCAUCUUCAUGUAGGUUUCCCUCUUUCCUGGUGACUCUAGAUUGUGUUAAGUUGAUAAUAAAAACUAACCAGGGCACAGGACACAUGUGGGGGUGCUAUUUUUCCUUUUGAGUAUUUUUGGAUUUUCUUCAGUGCCUAGGGAUGCCUUGUCCAAUCGGGGCAUCAGACAUAGAGGAGGAAAUAAACCUUGCAGAGAGUCUGUUUGGUGUCAACUCUGAAUCCACACAGCCUGUCAGUUCCCACUAUGCCUGUGUCUGCCUCAGUUUCCCCAAUCAGAUGUGGAUUUCUUCCUGGCAGAAUCCGAUCCUGAGAGCAGUGACAUUCUGGUGGCCCUGAUAUGCCCUGAGCCCUCUGGCACUCCUAUGGAGGGUUGUACCAGGAUCCUGCUUCCUGCCCUGGAGCUCAGGGUCCUCAGUAGUAGGCACUGGAUGCCUGUGACUGGUGGGGCCUGGACUGCAGCACGGAAACCUGGUGGGAAGCUGGUUCCAGGGUCUGGGGGUGAGGGGGUGGGGUCAGGGAUGGCCUCUGAGUUGCGACAUCUCUGCCCAGCUGAGCGGUUAUCUCAGCACUGAAUAGAGAGUCCACGGGAACCGGGGGUUGAUGCUUUGCGCCUUUUUAGAGACAGGGUGGUGUUGAACUUGAGGAAGCCCCAGUGUUGUGCAGAACCAUUGGGAAUAAACAAAUGGAGAGUGGAGGUGCCGGGGAGUCUUAGCAAGAGGCAGGGGCAUUGCUUCGUUCUCAUCUGUUAGCCACGGUCCCCAUGCUGCAAGCUGGCACCUCUUUUUGGCUGUUUAGGGAAGCACCAGAGGCAAGGAGCUAGCACACAGGGCAGCGGUGAUACCCGGUCAGGUUCAGAAGGUUCUGGCAUCCGAUGCCACCAAGGAUGGGGUUAGAUGCCCUUCGAUACCUAUUCCCCUGAAGCCUGGAUGCAAUGACCCCAGCCACCAGGCUUGUUUUCUCCCAAGCUCCUCACAGGCUCUCCCUUACCUCACGGCCUUCUUCCAGACUCUCCCCCUUCUCCAGCAGUUCCAGGCAAAGGCACUCACAGUGGGAGGGGCAGGUCCUGCCAUGCCAAUGCUAUCUCUGGGGUCCAGCUUGGCAGGCCCGGACACCGUCAUUCUGUGGUCCAGGAAGCUAAUGAGGCCAGUAGCAGAACAUGACUCCUUGGAACCAGGCGAGCAGCCAGCCACUUUGUCUGGGGUGGGGGAUGAGGAAGAGCAGCCUCCAGGCAGCCAGCUCAGUUUCCCUCAAGGUGUGGUUCGGGGGAAGAGACACCUUUCAGAAACUUAACUCGGCAUGCUGGGUCCACCACGUGCCACAGAGCCCAGCUGUAUUGGGGAGUGAGCCCUUCUGGACAGUCAGCAAGCAGAUACCUGGAGCCCCAGUGGGCAAAUCAUAGCAGCAGGACUCAAGGUAGACCUCAGAGGGAACUGCCGGAGGUUCACACUGCAGGUGUUCAUUUCUCAGAGUACAGCAGCCUGGGGGGGGGGGGGGGG